CGUGUUGGCAUACCACCGGGCACCACUAGUAGUGGGACCAGAAAAAAAGAGGGUUUUAUUUCUUACUCUCCAAGGUGUCCGUACAAAGCCGAUCAGACAUUUUUCUCAGCUUCUUCUUUUUCUCUCUGUACCCGAUUCAAAGCCUUCCCUAUCUAAGAGCAAUCAGCUUCCUGUCAAAUUACAUGGCGGAUCAGCAUUCAAUUGAAGGUUCCGGUACGACUGAUGUUGGUGGUGAAAUCGCAGAAUCAAUGGUCGAGCUGAAUAUAAAGACACUAGAUUCACAGAUCUAUAGCUUCCAAGUGGAUAAAAAUAUGCCAGUCUCACAGUUCAAGGAGAAAAUAGCUAGUGAAAUUGGUCUGCCGGUCGGGCAGCAGCGGCUGAUAUUUAGGGGAAAAGUGCUGAAGGAUGAUCACCAGCUUUCCGAAUAUCAUGUUGACAAUGGCCAUACAUUGCAUCUAGUUGCCAGGCAGCCUUCUGAAGCGCAGCCCCAUUCUAGUAUGAGUACUGGAGAGACAAGUGCAAAUAAUGGUAACAGAGGACAUGAUGCUAAUGCUGCUGGUCCACAUAAUCGCAUUGGGCAAGUAUCGCACAGUGUAGUACUUGGGACGCUUAAUGUUGGGGACCAAGGAGAAGGAAUUGUGCCAGAUAUAACUCGGAUUAUUGGUGCAGUUUUGAAUUCUAUUGGCGUUGGUGGCCAGACUGCAUCUAAUGUUACUGGGGGUGUGCAACCCACUGUGCAGUUCAACACUCCAGUCCAGGCUUCUCAAAGAAAUGAAGCAGAAGGAAGGCAAAAUAAUAUUGGUGCACUGGGCCAAUCAGGAAGUCAAACACAGCCUGCACAGGCAUUACCAAGUCAAUCCUUACCCCAGAUUUUGCAAAUCCCACUGGGAGCAGCAAUUCCUGUUCCUUCUCUUAAUACGCCAAUUCCUGAUUCUUUGCACACACUUUCCGAGUUCAUGAACCGCAUGGAGCUGGCAUUGUCACAGCAUGGGUAUCAGCCUAAUUCAUCACCAACCAGCAUUGGAGAUCUGUCAGCAGUGGAAAGUGCACGUGGAUUGUCAACACCUGAAGCAUUGAUUAUUGUUCUGCGACAUGCACAACGGCUUCUGAGUGGUCACACUGUUGCUGCAUUAUCUCAUAUUGCAGGACGUCUGGAGCAGGAGGGGGGUUCUACUGAUCCCAUGGUAAGGGGUCAAAUUCAGACAGAAUCUAUGCAAGUAGGGUUGGCAAUGCAACAUUUAGGUGCGCUUUUGCUAGAGCUUGGGCGGACAAUUUUGACUCUGCGUAUGGGACAAUCUCCUGCCGAGUCUUAUGUGAAUGCCGGGCCUGCAGUUUAUAUAUCUCCAUCCGGGCCAAAUCCUAUAAUGGUUCAGCCGUUUCCUCUUCAAACCAACUCCCUGUUUGGUGGUUCUAUUGCUGGUCCGCCAAAUUCUGGGACUUCUGGUGCUGUUGGUAUUGGAACCGUUCCAAGACACGUAAAUAUUCAUAUACAUACUGCUGUUGGUCCCAGGGCAUCUAAUGCAGAAGGGGUGCAGGGAGAACCUGGUAAUCGAACUGGUUCUGCCGAUUCAGGUCAAACACGGGUACUGCCUUUAAGAAAUGUUAUUGCAGCUGCUGUCCCAUCUCGACUCUCUGUUACAACUUCCAGUACUUCUCAAACUGGUGUUUCUGUUUCACAGCCGCCACCUGAUUCUGUUCCGCUAUCUACAGUUAUAUCUGAAGUCAAUUCACGAAUCAGAAACUAUGUUGAUAACAUGCGGAGUGAAAACCAGGCUCCAUCAGGCCGAUCAGAGAUUUUGACUGUCCAGAAUCCAUCUAUAGGAUCUGAUGCUGGCAAUGAUGAAGGGAACAUUCAGCAUAGAAAUCUGGCUGACAAUGGAGCUGGAGAGGCAAGUCCGUCUGUCCCUGGUGGUGUGCCUGAGAGGGAUGGUCAGAAGGCACAUACUGAAUGCUGCCAAACUAGUGAUGACAAGGUCACAGAAAGCGGUGUGAAUUCAAAAGAUGUAUCUUCUACUAGCUCAGAAUGUGCUGCUCCAAGAUCUGGUUGCGGGAAUGAUAAUCCAGAGUUUGCCACAGCUGUUCCACUUGGAUUAGGGCUGGGAGCUUUGCAACCUAAGAGACGUAGUAUGCAACCAAGAUCACUGAGCAAGGGUAGUGAUGCAACUUCUAGUGCUCCCAGUCAAAAUCAACAAACAAGAACGAAUGGCCAGCAGAUUUUGCAAUCUCUUGCCAACAUGAGGAAUACAAAUUCCACAUCAUCAGGACAGCUGCCACCUGCCCUUGGGCGUAUCAUGGAAAGUGUCCAAAUGGGAGGGCAAGGUGCUGAUGGUCAGUUUGAUGCAGCAGGUGUUAUGUCUCAGGUUCUUCAUAGUCCUGCUCUAAAUGGUCUAUUGGCAGGGGUUUCAGAGCAGACUGGCGUUGGUUCUUCUGAUGCCUUGAGGAAUAUGUUGGAGCAAGUUACUCAAAGUCCUGCUAUGAGGAAUACAGUAAAUCAAAUGGCUCAACAGUUUGAUAACCAAGACCUUGGAAACAUGCUUUCAGGGUUUGGUAGAGGCCAAGGUGGUGGCAUUGAUCUGACAAGUAUGGUUCAACAGAUGAUGCCCAUAGUUUCUCAAGCUCUCAGUGGUAGGUCUACAAUCCCUCAACAGUUGCCAGUUGUCAGGCCUGAUCCCCAGCCACAGUACAAUGAAAGAAAUUUGAGCGGUGUUGAGAAAGCAAAUGAUCAAGAUACUCAGACUGAACUCCAAGAAAUGGUUCAGAGAAUCGAACACCAGACUCCACCUGAAGAAAUUUUUCGUACUAUAGCUGAAAGUGCUGCCCAAGUAUAUGACAGUGGCAGUGAUGGAGAAGAUCUUGUGAAUGAAUUGUGCCGUGAAGAGGGCCUUGCCAGUGAAUUUAUGGAGGUUCUUCGUCACGAUCUUCGUCAGCGACUUCAGGGUGGGGACGGCUCUGCAGAGAAGCCAUAAUUAUCCUGUAUUGUCAUGGAUGGUUUCUGAUAUCAUCAUAAUUGUUCUGGAUGGCAGAGUUGCUGAUCAUUUAUUGUAAUGUAUCGAGAUUCUAAACAGUAAUACAUGACCAAUGGAGAAGUUUUGCUUUCAAACAGUUACCGUGAACGACUUUUGAUAUUGGAUCUCCUGUUGUGCUUUUCUUGACAACUUGAAAAUCCAAAACCUAGGCUAGAAGGUUAUUUUUCCUUGAUUGUUGUGAAAGCAUUAUUGAAAUGAAAUACUUUGCAGGUGCUCAAUUCUACAUUGCUGUAGACUUGGAUGUGUUUAGACAUAACACAUUUGGUUUGCAAGUCGGGGUGCAACUGUGUUAAUUGAGUUUUAUAUGUAUGUUUUUCUUUUGCGCCAUGUAUUUCUUAUAUAACAUUAAUCAUUAUGCUUGAAGCCAACAAAAAUGGUUUUCGUGCU